ACCCUUUCACAAGGUCCUUUCUUUUCACGAAAGCCUCUCUCUUUUUUUUUCCCGAUUUCCCCUAACUCUUUUAUAUGCUUUAAACUCUUAAAGCAUCAUUGUUUGCGUUUAAAACAUUCUCACCAGUUUCAAAGCUCUCUUCUCUCUCUGUUACACCACUCUACCAUAUCCAGUUUCUGUCUUUCCAAAUGGCUGCAACAGAAACAAAAAUUGAAGUAAAAGAAGCAGAAGAGCUUUCAGAAACUCUCCCAUGCAAGAGCUGUGUGUUAAAAGUCUCCAUUCAUUGUCAAGGCUGCACAAGGAAAGUAAAAAGACUUCUACAAAGCAUAGAGGGUGUUUAUUGCACAUCAAUUGAUUUGAGGCAACAAAAGGUCGUAGUAAAAGGGAACGUAGACAGCGAAACGUUGAUUAAGAAAUUGCAAGAGACAGGGAAGCGCGCAGAGUUGUGGCCUGAACAAAUUGAACUGAAAAAGAAGAAAAAGAAAAAGAAAAAGAAAAAGAAGAAAAAAGGACAACAACCAGAGAACAAAGAGAAACAGAGCGAACAAGAAAGCAGUGAAGAAAGCAACCAAAGCGGCGACGAUAACGACAAAGAAGGCGUUAAGGUUGCAGUUCAAGACGCAGCCAGAAAUGUCGAAGGUGGCAAUAUCAAGUUUGGUGAAGGAAGCGUAACGGGCUUAACCGGGGUACAAUUCCAAGAGCCGAGGCCGGAGCUGCGGCAAACCGUGAUGUUACCACCCGGUUACCAGUCAUCGCUGGCCGAAAAAAGGGUUACCAUCGCUGCCCCAGGCAUUGACGAUAACGGAGCACCGAACGAGAGAAUCGACGGUGGCAUUGGAAGCAGAAAGAGCAAAAUCAAGGGGCAAAAAGGGAAUAUCAUCAUCAACGGCGACGAGGGUGUUACUGUUGAACACUGCGGUGGUUGGAACCAGAUUCCCAGUCAUGGGCAUGGGCCAGGUCCAGGUCCAGUUACAAUUAUGGGCCCACCCAAUGAGAGCCCCCCACAGCAUCUGUACCCCCCGCAUUACCAUGCACCAGCAUCUCCGGUGUGUGCUGGAACCUUCCACACAGCGUAUCCUACUACCAGCCGCUACGCUUCAGCGUAUUAUACCUUCCCACAACCGUAUUCGUAUACUCACGUGUAUCGUAGUGGUGGGUCCGAGUCCGACUCAGAAACUUACGCUUCACCAACGUCUUGUUCAUUCGAAUUAUUCAGUGAUGAAAAUCCUAAUGCUUGCUUAGUCAUGUGAUGUGAG